GAACUGGUAGCAUUAAAAAAAGACAUUGGAGGAAGUGGACGCAUUUUUUUGGUUGAGCCGCAGACCUGGCGGAAGUCCAAAUAUUCGCCUCUUUUUCUUCUGAAACUGCAUGAACAAACCGCCCACAUCGGCGCAGUCUAGCAGGCUGGUACUUUUCCCUGGGUCCGAUUCAAAGCCAAAGACCGAAGUUUCUUGAAAAGCGGGACUGAACCCGAACAGACAUGGCAGAGCUAACUCAUAUGAUAGAUAGCGAGGUGUUCCUGGCCUUCUCUACCUACGCCACUAUCGUCGUCCUCAAGAUGAUGCUGAUGUCUCCUAUGACUGGAUACUUCAGACUCACGAGAAAG